UGGGCACAGGUGUGUGGCACUGCUGGGUGGCACUGGUGGGCACUGCUGGGCACAGGUGGAUGCACUGCUGGGCACAGGUGGGUGCACAGCUGGGCACAAGUGUGCGGAACUGGUGGGUGGCACUGCUGGGAUCUGAUCAUCAGGGCACUGAUCAUCAGUGCCCUGAUGAUCGUGUGAGGAAAGUGCAGCCGAGAACCGGCAAUUGCAUUUCCCUGUGAUCAGCAUGUCAUUGGACACGUCUGAUCAUGUGGUAAAUGGCCGCUGAGAUUGGCCGUUUACCACAUCCCGUGAUCAGCUGUGUCUGUAGGACACCGAUCACGGAGAU